UGGGAGCGUUGCUGCCCUGCGCGGCGCCGCACCGCGGCGAGAGGUGCACCCGAGCUCCCUCUUCUGGGAAGCCGUUGGAGGGAACCGGCCGCUGUGAGAGUGGGUAGCGGCGGCGGCGGCCGUAGCCGUCGCCGCCGGGGGGCGGGGAGCCCCGGCCACUGAGCGCCUCCCUGGGGUGGGGCUCGGCGGAGACUCUGGGCGGCUGGGGAGCCGGGCCCCGAGGAGAGCGUUGCCCUUGCCAGGCUCGGGCGAUGGGGCCGAGAGCCCGGGCCCCGGCGCGGGGAAGGUGACCGCAGAUUCCGGCGGUAGGCGGGCUGCCAGCUCCCCUCGCCCCAGCAACUCGCCCUCUGGAAGCCCGGGCCGCGAGGGCAAGGGCUCCCCGGGCCGGCGCCAGCAGCUUCCGAAGCAGCUGCGGCGUCGCGGGCGGUCUCGGAGGCAGCAAAGCGGUUGGUGGCCGUGGCGGCGGCGGCGGCUGGAGGGGCAGCAGCCGGAGCCGCGACAGCUGGAGCGGCGGCGGCGGCGGCGGCGGCGGCGGGGCAGCUCCCCCGGGCCCUCUGUGGACCCUCCCGAGCGGGUGGCGUCCUGCGAGCGAUGCCCGGAGGCGCCAGAGCCCUCUCCCUCUCCCCUUCCCCCUCGCACACGCCGAGCCCGGCAGCGGCGGAGGCGGCGGAGGCGGCGGCGGCGGCCGCGGCGGCGGCGGCGGCGGCGGCUAGGGGCCAUGGAGCUUGAGAACCUCUUGGCCAACUCGCUGCUGCUGAAAGCGCGCCAAGGAGGAUAUGGCAAAAAAAGAGGUCGUAGUAAAAAAUGGAGGGAAAUGCUGAAGCUGCCCCCUGUCAGCCAGUGCAGCGAGCUUAGAUGUUCCAUUGAAAAGGAUUAUAACAGCCUUUGUGACAAGCAGCCAAUAGGAAGACUUCUCUUCAGGCAAUUCUGUGAUACAAGACAUGAUCUAAAGAUAUACAUCAAAUUCCUAGACGUAGUGGCAGAAUAUGAAGUGGCCGAUGACGAAGACCGCAGAAGUUACGGACUGUCCAUCUUAGACACGUUCUUCAGUGCUGCUGAGAAAUCGGCAGCCCCUUUACCAGAAAUACCUUCACGUGUUUUGAAAGAAUGUAGGUUGAGACUGAAGGAGAACCCCUCCAAGGACAUCUUUGAGGAGUGCACCAGAUUUGUUCAUAACUAUUUAAGUGGAGAACCAUUUGAAGAAUAUCAAGAAAGUUCAUAUUUUUCUCGAUUUCUACAGUGGAAGUGGCUGGAAAGGCAACCAAUAACAAAGGACACGUUUAGACAUUACAGAGUUCUAGGAAAAGGCGGAUUUGGGGAGGUCUGUGCCUGUCAAGUGCGAGCUACAGGAAAAAUGUACGCCUGUAAGAAGCUAGCAAAGAAAAGAAUAAAGAGGAGGAAAGGUGAAGCAAUGGCUCUAAAUGAGAAGAGGAUGCUGGAAAAAGUGAAUAGCAGAUUUGUAGUUAGUUUGUCUUAUACUUAUGAGACCAAAGACUCCUUGUACUUGGUGCUGACCAUUAUGAAUGGAGGGGACUUAAAGUAUCACAUUUACAACCUGGGCAGCCCUGGCUUUGAUGAGCAGAGAGCGAUCUUCUAUGCGGCCGAACUGUGCUGUGGCUUGGAGGACUUACAGAAAGAAAGAAUUGUGUACAGAGACUUAAAGCCUGAGAAUAUCCUCCUCGAUGACAUUGGGCACAUCCGGAUCUCAGACCUGGGUUUAGCCGUGGAGGUCCCAGAGGGCCGGACCGUCCGAGGAAGAGUGGGGACCGUCGGCUACAUGGCUCCUGAAGUUAUCAAUAAUGAAAACUAUACAUUUAGUCCUGAUUGGUGGGGACUUGGCUGCCUGAUAUAUGAAAUGAUUCAGGGACAUUCUCCAUUCAAAAAGUUCAAAGAGAAGGUCAAGCGACAGGAAGUCGAGCGCAGAGUGAAGAGGGACACAGAGGAGUACUCCAGGAAGUUUUCCGAGGACGCCAAGUCCGUCUGCAGGAUGUUACUCACCAAGAAUCCCAGACAACGGCUGGGCUUCAGCGGUGGAGCAGCGGAAGUGAAGGGACACCCCGUGUUCAAGGACAUUAACUUCAAGAAGCUGGAAGCAAAUAUGUUGGAUCCCCCUUUCUGUCCUGAUCCGAAGGCAGUGUAUUGUAAGGAUGUCGUGGAUAUCGACCAGUUCUCCACGGUGAGGGGAGUCUACCUGGACACCACAGAUGAGACUUUCUACAGCCAAUUUGCCACAGGCUCUGUCUCCAUCUCCUGGCAGAACGAGAUGAUCGAAUCGGGUUGUUUUAAGGACAUCAACGAAAGUGACACUGGAGAAUAUGUGGAUCUGCAAGAGACACUGUGCCACCCAGUUCCCAAACCGAAGAGAGGCUUCUUCUAUAGACUCCUCAGAAGAGGGGGCUGCAUUAACGGUGUCCCCGGCGACAAGGAAGAGCUGCCCUCAAUGGUGUGACCACUCACUGCAGAGCCAGGCCCCAGCGCCCAGGAGCACGAGCGCGGUGUCUGACCCCAUCUGUGAACAGCAAUAAACAUGUGACACCUCGUGAAAUGAGAGCCUCAUGAGUCUGCGGACGUCUCUAUAUUCGCCCCUGAAUCACCUUGCCACCAAAGCCGAGUUGAAGAUGAAGGCCCUUGUGGACCACCCGGCUGCUGAGAACCCCAGGGCUGGACCUGUGCCACGGAGAGGGGAGAGGGGAGGGCUUGGGCAUCCGCCCACCAGUGUCCAGAGCUGAGGGUCCUGUUCCUCAGCCCAGAGUGCCCUCCGGUGUCAUUGAGGGGGAGGACAGGCCGGCCCCAGCUUCCCCAGGGCCCCAGCGUCACAAAGCCUUCACCCGCUUGCGUUCAGGCUGACAUCUGCGCCUCGGUCACCAAGAUUCUCCCGCCGGGGCGUGUCUCCGCCUGCGUGCCCGUCCUUGUGGCUGCCGUGCACCUUCCAGGGGUGUUUCCAGCACCCUGAGGCCAGGGCGUGGCGGGCAGCGGUGACUCACCCGACCGAGGCAGCCCCAGUGAGUCUCUGGGACCGCAGGGCUCCCCGGACUGACGCACAGGUGGGAGGUGGUCGUGGGCGAGGAGCCCCCUUCCAAGCGCUGGUUGGCGCCUAGCCGGCAGGAGCCCCCAGAAUUCUGAGGUCAGUAACUCUCCUUCAGCCCCUGCUGCCCAGAGAAGAAGGCGGAGCCCCAAACCUCAGGUGGAAACGUGGGCUCCGUUGCCCGGGGAGGGGCGCUCACACCCACAGGCAUUGUGCAGCCCCCGGGGGUGGGGUGCACACAGACCUCUGCGGGUGGCCCCGAGGGGCAGAACUGGCGCUUUCUCCCGUAUCCACGUGUGUGUGGCCUUCAGCGGGGGCUGUGGGGUGAGAAGCCAGGGCCCAGACCUCGGCGACUUGAGCCAACGGCAAGGACUUGUUCUGGAUGCUGGGACACCACCCCACGGCCGUGUGCAGGAGAGUGAGCCAGGGUCCGCCACGUGUCCCCAGGGGGACGGCCGCCCGCUCUGCCUUGGCGGAGACCUGCGCCCGGAGGUGCUUCUGAGUGCCGUCGGCAUCACGGCGUGUCUGAAAUUGGUUUUCCACGCGUGUUGUCAGCGGCUGGAGCACCGUAGCGCUGGGCCAGUGUUUCAAGGAAAGUCCCCGCCUGACCUUGUCCUCGGAGACCAGCAGACGUUGAUCCCGAGCGUGCUUUAUACCCAGGUGAGGGGAGAGAGAAGUUACCUUUUUUUAGGGAUGGCUUCUCUUCAGAUGGGGGCCCUCGUCUCCAGAAUGGAGACGGCAGGAGGUGGGGACAGAAACUUCAGCAUCUUCGUAAAGCAUUCAGUAGAGCGUUUGGUAUGUGCUACCUGCUCAGUAAAUAUGUUAGUAACUGUGGGAGGGUAAUGCUUGCUCUUGGUAAAAAUUACAGGCAAAUUUUCUAAAAAAUUAGACUAAUCUAAAAAAUUUUCUAAAAAAAAGUCUAAAGAAAAUAAAAAUCACCUUUAUUCCUA